AGGCGCUUUUAUUUUGAAAUGCCGCUUUCUGCCAGCUAGCAAGUUCCUGAAAAAAAAAAAAAAAUCCUCGGAUAGUUGUGAUCUGAUUAAAUACCUUCUGUAAACGUGGACUAUCCUGGAUGCCAGUGAUAUUAUAAUCCAUAAUACAAAUAGUAAUUAUUUUAAUUUCCAUAAUAGCACGCUAGAGACACCGCUGUCAGUUUAGACAAAUAAAUAAAAGUUAUUCUGACCUGUUUAGAUUAGCUGUUAGCGGAUUAGCUUCAGUCUUGGCUGUUUUAAACAUAGCAGGGGAAUCUAAUGGUGUCACUUUGGAUCUACGCUAAAUGACUGAUAUAUUGUCCUGUGUUCGGUAUAAUCAGUGUCCUGCCCAGUAACACCAUGAAACUCUACAGUCUGAGCAUCUUGUAUAAAAGCUCAACGAAGUCCAACCUGCUGAAGGCGGCGUACGAUCUGUCAUCAUUCAGUUUCUUCCAGAGAUCAAGCGUUCAGGAGUUCAUGACAUUCACCAGCGCUCUGAUCGUUGAGCGUUCAGCAUUAGGAAGUCGCGCGUCUGUCAAAGAGCAAGAGUACUUGUGUCACGUGUACGUGCGGAAUGACAAUCUCGGUGGUGUUGUGAUCGCAGACAGUGAAUAUCCCUCCAGAGUCUGCUUCACUUUACUUGACAAGGUGUUGGAUGAGUUCUCCAAGCAGGUGAACAGUAUAGACUGGCCUUCUGGAUCACCGGCGACCAUUCAGUACACGGCACUGGACAGCCAUCUGGCUAGAUACCAGAAUCCACGUGAGGCUGACGCUAUGACCAAAGUGCAAGCUGAACUGGACGAAACCAAAAUUAUUUUGCACAACACAAUGGAGUCACUGCUGGAGAGAGGAGAAAAACUGGAUGAUUUAGUUCAGAAAUCAGAGCAUCUGGGAAACCAAUCAAAAGCCUUUUAUAAAACGGCACGCAAGCAGAACUCAUGCUGUGAGGUCAUGUGAUCGCGAUGAAGUAUCUGAUUGGACUGGACUCUUCGGCCACCUCUCCUCUCUGAUUUUCUAUUUUUUUUCCCCCUCUCUUUCUCUCUGUCCUGGUGUGGGCUGGUGCUUUUAUCAUGCAGCAGUCAUAGCGAAUACAUGAGAGAAACCAUCCAACGGUAUACAAUGACAGGCUCAGAGGGGGCUGAUUUCCCAUGAUGCACCACACUUACUCUGCCAUCGGUUUUCAUGUUGUGUGAGAACUUGGUUUUCUUCAGCGGUUCCUCAGGGUCUGGCACAAGCUCAAAACGGAUACGGAUAAAAGCAUAGAGGGGCUCGAGUCAAACGUCCCCGCUGUGCCUUACUUUUAGACACAAGUGUGUUGAUAUCAGACUGUUUAUUUAGCCUUAUCAAUGGAGAACAUGUGAGUGAAAAUGCUGCAAUCUCUAUAUUUAAACCCAUUAUUCGGCUUUGGCAGUUUUGAAGCGCCUUGUAGAGUGAACAUGUAGCGUGAAUUGUUUUUUAAAUGUGACAACAGUAAACAAUGUGUUAAAUAUCGAUGUGUUUGGAUUCUCAAUCCUCAAUAUUGUGCACCCCAUGAGUGACUGACCAAAUUAAAUGUUUCAAAGUCUGUUUGUGUACUAUUCUAAUACUUUUUUCUCUUGAAAAUGUAAAUAAAUAACUGAAUCAUA